AUGAAUUUGGAAAUGACUUUUGAUGACUUCAAGAUCAAGACUAUGAAGGACCAGACUGAUCAGAAGUCAGAUGAAGAGAAAGCUAAAGGUCUUUGUUUUCUUUCUUCUCCGUGGUGGUGUCCUGCUGCUGUGACUCUAGGGACCCUUUGCCUGGGAUUACUAGUGACCAUUGUAAUGCUGGGGAUGCAAUUAUCCCAGGUGUUUGACCUCCUAAAGCAACAGCAAGCAAACCUUACUCACCAGGAAAAUAUAGCGGAGGGACAGAUCUUAGCCCGUCGGCAGGCAGAAGAAGCUUCCCAGGAGUCAGAAAAGGAACUCAAGGAAAUGAUAGAAACCCUUGCCCGGAAGCUGGAUGAGAAAUCUAAAAAGCAAAUGGAACUUCACCACCAGAAUCGGAAUCUCCAAGAAGCUCUGGAGAGAGCAGCAAAUUUUUCAGGUCCUUGUCCCCAAGACUGGCUCUGGCAUGAAGAAAACUGUUACUUAUUUUCCUCUGGCCCAUUUAAUUGGGAAAAGAGCCAGGAGAACUGCUUGUCUUUGGAUGCCCAGUUGCUGAAAAUUAAUAGUACAAAUGACCUGGACUUCAUCAAGCAAGCAGUUUCCCAUUCCAGUUUCCCAUUCUGGAUGGGGUUGUCUCGGAGGAAACCCAACUACUCAUGGCUCUGGGAGGACGGUUCUCCUUUGAUGCCCCACUUGUUUAGGCUUCAAGGUGCUGUUUCCCAGAAGUACCCUUCGGGCACCUGUGCAUACAUACAACGGGGAGUUGUUUUUGCUGAAAACUGCAUUUUAGCUGCAUUCAGUAUAUGUCAAAAGAAGGCAGAUCUAUUAAGAGCACAGUGA